GCAAGUUUUUAAAACCUAAUUGCCUAACGUGGUACCGCAAUUCACGCUAGCCGCACUCAGCCGGCAGCCGCCAUCUGUCAUAGCCGCCGCCGUUGACGCUGCUUCAGUACUGCCCUGUUCCGAACGACGCUGCUUCAGUACUGCCCGCCUCCGCCUGCUCGCCGGAAGGUGAACUUUGGCUACCAAUAUUAUUAGGUAGUUGUUAUUAUGGGUACCCCUGAGACGUCACGUGAACCGUGCCCUGACCGCAUCCUUGAUGAUAUUGGUGGAGCAUUUGGCAUGGGUGCUGUUGGGGGUUCAGCCUUCCACUUCUUGAAAGGAUUAUACAAUUCCCCCAAGGGAGAACGCUUAGUCUUGGCCUCCCAAGCGGUCCGCAUGAAUGCUCCACGUGUUGGCGGCAGUUUCGCAGUGUGGGGCGGACUGUUUUCCACCUUUGACUGUACAAUGGUUUAUGUCCGGGCGAAGGAGGAUCCAUGGAACUCCAUCAUUGCUGGUGCAGCGACCGGUGGGUUCCUUGCGAUGCGUCAGGGUUUGGGCCCUGCUUCCAGGUCAGCUCUGCUUGGCGGUGUCUUACUUGCUCUGAUUGAGGGGUGUGGGAUCAUGGUAAACAAGAUGCUGACCGUGCCCCAGAAUCUUCCACCUCCCAUGGAGGAACAGCUUCCUCCAAACAUGGCUGGAUUUCCUAUGGGCCAACUACCUGGUCAGGCUCCAGUGACCAUGGAGGGUGGUGGUGGGUCAUCAGCAUCAUCUGCUUCAUCACCUCUGUCAUGGUUUGGAGGGCUGUUUGGUGGUGGUGGGAAUAAGCCAGAGACGAGCUCGGACAAUGGGAGCAAGACAACUGUUUUGGAGAGUUUUGAUACUCCUAGCCCUCCCACUUUUGAGUACAAAUAAAUGGCAUGUUGGUUAGGUCUAUCCUCAGGAAGAUAAGAAAUUUCAGCGGCGAAUGAAAAUAAUGUCAACGACUUUGCUUUGCUGCCCUUUACAGAUAACAUAUAUGCACGCUUUGUGGGAUCAUUUUAGGUUUAAAAUUUGGUAUAUUUUAUCGUCUUUAAGUUAAAACGCUCACGCCACUUUGAGCGCGCCCCGUUUUGAAUUUGCAUUAAACGCACUUUUGAUCUGCUGUUUAUUUGCUUCUUUGAGGCAGAAUUAUGAGUUGCAAUACAGAAAGGGUCCAUCUAUGGCAGUAUCUGUCUUCUUUACAUUACAUUCUAUUUUAGUAGUAAUAUUAUUGUAAAUCUAUAAAGGAGUUGGUUGCCU